AUGCUCCCCGGCAUCCCUGGUACAGCUGGGUACCUGGACGACAUCAUCAUCGUGGAUCGCUCCCCUGCCGAGCUGCAAGACCGAGUGUGCGCAGUGCUCGAACGUGUGCAGGAAUAUGGCUUCCGCCUGCGGGCCGACAAGUGCCAAUUCUUCCUCGACUCCAUCAAGUACCUCGGAUUCGUUUUUGACGUCACCGGUCGCCAUCCAGAUCCUGAAAACAUUCGGGCCAGACAUCUGACCGGCCCGGGUAUCGAACUGGUGCCUGUGAGUGAGAAGGGAAAGUGA